AUGCCUUCCAUCGGCCUUGGAGUUGGCGAUGACAUUCGUCAUGGACUUGCGGCAAGAUCCUUUUUGGCCUGCCUUUUGCUCCUCGUAAUUGGAUAUGGCACCGCCCGACUGGUAUACAACGUCUUCUUCCAUCCACUCAGCCGCUACCCAGGGCCGAAACUAGCAGCUGCCAGUGAUCUCUAUUAUGCCCGGAUGAUAGUCACUGGGCGACCGCACGAACGCAUCGCCGCCUUGCAUGCACAAUACGGCCCCGUAGUUCGCAUCGCCCCAACCCAACUGUCCUUCACCGACCCGUCAGCCUGGAGAGACAUUUUUGGACACCGCAAACAAGGCCAAGCGGAACACCCCAAAGAUCCAAUCUUCCAUGCCCCCUUCCGCGGUAACAUUAUUGGCGCCGAGCGCGAUGACCACCGCCGCUUUCGACGGCUGUUAUCGCAUGGGUUCUCGGCGCAGGCGAUGAUGAACCAGCAACCGCUCAUCACGCAAUACGUCGAUCUUUUGAUCCAGCGGCUGCAUGAGAAUUGUGAAGGGGGAUCGCGAAAGCUUGACAUGACGAGCUGGUACAAUUGGUGCACCUUUGACAUAAUCUCCGACCUUGCCUUCGGAGAACCGUUCGGGUGCUUGCAAAACAGCAACUACCACCCGUGGGUUUCAGCGAUCUUUGGCGCUGUAAAGCAGAAUGCCCUUCUUGGGCUCAUUGGGAGGUACGCAUUGGUUGCGCCCUUGUUGGAGCUAUUGAUCCCGCAGUCAGUGAGAAGAAGGGCACAGGAGCACUUGGACUUGACUCACGCGAAGGUUGACAAGAGGCUUGCACUGGCGGCCCCGAGAUCGGAUUUUAUUGAGGCUAUGACGAUAAAAGGUGACUUGCUGUCGGCAUCUAACUACGCGCAGACUAUGAGCCGAGAGGAAAUCUACGACAACGCCAACCUCCUCAUAGGAGCCGGAUCUGAGACGACCGCCACUGCGCUCUCCGCGGCGACGUAUUUGUUGGCGAUGAACCCUCGAGUUUUGGCGAAGCUAACUACUGAGGUCCGCGAAUCAUUCUCGUCAGAGGGCCAGAUAGAUUUUGUCAGCGUCCAGAAAUUGGACUACAUGCUGGCUGUGUUAGAUGAGACCUUGCGUCUGCAUCCUCCGUCACCCAAUGCAAACCUCAGGCGCGUAUGCGACGGCGGAGACGUCAUCUGCGACCAGUUUGUUCCUCAUGGAGACCCUGAGGUCAAAGAGCUUAAGUUAACGCUAUUCAGCCUGGCCUAUGUCGAGAUGAGAGUCAUUCUGGCCAGAGUCUUGUGGAAUUUUGAUCUUACUAUUGCAGAAGACUCCAGGCACUGGCAAGAGCAAGAGGAGGUUUACACGCUGUGGCUGAAGGGCGACCUCAAUUUCUAUCUGACUCCCAGAGAGUAG